GAUCUUGAAAAAUGUAAGCAAUAAUGAAUAAUAAUGUCACAGAAACAUUAUUUUCAUCAGAAAAGUACUUUGAUGUCAGUCGUCUAAAUUGUACAGGAUUCUUCAUAAUUGCAUGUUGGCGUGUGUUCAGGGGCACCAUGCCAGGGCCACGCAGGGCUGUAUAAAUAUUUUCCAAUAGAGGCAGCACAAUGGUCAAAGAUACCCCAUCCCCUUCCUCAGUUGCACAGAGAUCAUCUUUCUUCUCCCAACCACCAGUUCCCACGCCUGUGUAAUGAGUGAAAGAUGCCUCCCCCAGAUGGGUGCAACCAUAAUCCACAUGAAGAUGAUGUGAAUUCUCCUACCAGUCCUUUUAACUUCCUGGAUCAGAACUACCAAGAGCUUCACCAGAACUGUCUCGCUGAAAACACACUAUUCUACGAUGAGUUGUUUCCUCCAGACGACAGCUCCAUUGGCACUUUGGAGGAUAACCCUUACUUGGAUCCGUCCCUAAUUGUUUGGAAGCGGCCAUUCGAAUUGGUGUCAGACCCUAAUUUAAUUGUAGACGGCGUGUCCAGGUAUGAUUAUGCACAGGGGAAUGUAGGAAACUGUUGGUUUUUGGCUUCAAUUGGGGCUCUGACUUUUGAGAAGGAUAUCAUGAAACAGGUCAUGCCGCCUGAACAAUCAUUCACCCAGGAUUAUGCUGGGAUAUUUCACUUCAGGUUUUGGCGAUUUGGGAAAUGGAUUGAUGUUGUUAUUGAUGACCAACUUCCAACUUAUUUUGAUGAACUACUUUUUGUGAGUUCAAAAACGUCUAAUGAAUUUUGGCCUGCCUUACUGGAGAAAGCAUAUGCAAAGGUGUGCGGGUCCUAUGCUGACUUGAAUGGUGGUUUGAUGUCUGAGGCCCUGAUGGACUUCACUGGUGGGACGCAUAUGUAUUAUAGUCCGGAUUAUAAUCCUCCUCCUGCUGAUUUGUGGAAAAUCAUGGAAUGUGCAUUCACAUCAAAAGCGCUUAUAUGUUGCGCCACUAAUGCAGCGACAACAGCUGAAGAAAAAGAGAAACUUCAUGGCAUAAGUGAAGAACAUGCUUACACCGUAACAGGAAUUUUUGAGGUAACGAGUGAUGAAAAUCCAGUUCAUCUGGUGAGAGUGUUAAACCCAUGGGGCAAAGUAGAGUGGCAAGGAGACUGGAGUGACGAAUCACCUUUGUGGGACACAGUUUGUGAGGAGGUCCGCACAAUUUGCCAUGAAGUCUUAAAUAACGGGGAGUUCUGGAUGUCAGUGGAAGACUUCACCAGCAUUUUUUAUUGCAUAGAUAUUUGUUGUAGCUGUCCUGAUUUUUUGGAUGGUUCCUCUGAAUGUCACUGGACCUCAAAACGGCAUUUUGGCAGAUGGAAUGCUGAGACUACAGCAGAGACCUUCCCUCAGUUUCGGGUGACAAUUGAUGAGCUUAAUGAGGAAUGUGCUAUUGGGCAGCGUCCUGAAAACACACUGGUGUCCCUCAUGCAGAACCACGAGAAGAGAAACAGGAUGAGCCAAAAAUAUUAUAAUAUUUGCUUCUUUGUCUUUGAGAUACCAUUAGAGAUGAGAGGUCAGAGUGGGAGAUUUUCAGCUGGGUUCGUCAAUGAGACAGAGCCUGUGGCACAGACUGAUGCUUUAGCAGGGUUCAGAGAGGUUAUGAAAUUCUUCAGGCUGGAGCCAGGAGAGUACCUGAUUGUACCGUGCACGGAGAAUCCCGGUGAUACCGCAUCCUUUGUCCUGUCUAUUUUCUCAAAGAAUGAAACCCACUUUGAAUAUAUUCAGGAGACUUCAGAGUAGAAUGGAGACAUGUCUUGAUGAGGGUGAGGUAAACCCUUUGUUGUUUGCUGUCUUAAUGCUUAUUUUCCUUUCAGUUGUUAAUUCAAUAAUAAAAGUAGAAUUUUAUUCGUUUUUAUGAAUUAUUCUAUUCCAAACAAGGCCCUUUAUUUGUUGACACACUGUUUUUCAAUUGUAAAGUAAAUGUGUAAUCUGUUGGGUGGGUGAUGUAGGCUGCAACAGUACUUGUUGCUAGUUUUAUUUUUUUUUAUUUGUCUGUAUUAAUGAUUGAUCAGUUAUGUUAGCAUACAUUAUUCGAUGCCAUUGGGGGAAAGAAGAAAGGCUUCAUUUAUAAAAAAUGAUUGCAAUACUGUCAAAAUAAGACUUUAAUGGAAAAGCUGUAAACAGAAUGAAAGUGUGGACUUAUA